GCCUUUUCUUCUAGUUCAUCGCUAGUAUAAAAAGGGACCAUUUUCACAUCAUUUCACCACCAUUCGAGGCCCAUCAGUUGUCUUCGAAGAGCUACCAAAUUGAUCCAGAGCAACGUCAUGGCCACUCAAAAUAGCCUUUUCGUCCCUAUGCUAGUUUUAGCUGUUUGCCUAGCAUCAGCUAUUGCCUCAACCCCCACCAGGGAUGCGAAAGAGCUUCUGAUAUUCCCGCAUUCCUACUCUCCUUUUUAUCGUGUGCCGUCGAUGCAGUCUCGUUAUGGCGUAACUCAGCGCCAAACCAACUCACCAAUUAACCCCAUGAUUGGCCAACAGGGUCUGGGUCCAUUUUUCGGCUAUUUUCCAAAUCUUUUGACCCAACCAUGCCCGGCUUGUCCUGAUUGCGAAAUCUGCCCCGUCUGCGAGGUCUGCCCAGUAGUCCCGGAAACGCCUCCUCCUGGAGAAAUUACAAAUUGCGGCGAAAACUAUAAUGCAGCUAUGUCGGCAUCGCCUAAUGGCACAAUCAAGCUAGACCUUGCCGCUACUGGUAGCACCAAAAUUUGCCAAAUUGGUUUGACGGCUUAUUACCCAAACACCAAAGUCCAGGUCAACUGCGCCACGUUAGGAGAAGGCGUCACAAUGGGCGCUGGUCCGCUCCCCUCACCAAUUACAUCAGGUUCGGCUAACACGGAUUACGUUUCCAAGGAUAACUUUGUCAUCGUGAGUUUCCACAACGGUUUGAACGCAGCUUCAAACCUUGCUGCCGAUUGCACUUGGACAAAUAUUCCGGCGUAAUGCGUGAACAUUAAUUUUAAGUGGCUAUUCGGCCAUCCUACACUCUACACCGUUUUCGAAGUAAAUGUUGUGGGCACGUCGUAACACUUUCCGAAACAUUUGACAUGAAUUGCUUUAUGAGGCAUUUUUGCGAAUGACGCAAUCACCCUUUUUCGUCUAAAUAUUUAAUACAAGCAUUUGAAAAAAAAAAUUAUGUCCCUAUACUGAUUGUCUAAGCUGAAAUAAGUUUGUUGCAUAUUAGUGGAAAACAAAGCGAAAUUUGGGUGAAAAAAGCGUUCACUGAAGAAACCAAUUUUCUAAUGACCAAAAAUCAAAACGAACAAUGAAACUUCAAUCUCCGAUUUCUUCUUUACAGUCACAAAAAAAAUUACAUUUACACAAAGAAGUGAAAUUAAUAAAAUUAAACCAUCGUUA